AGCGCCCGCGCGGCUGCCAGCAGGAACCGACUGCAGCCAUGGCCGAGGGCAGGAGCGGGGGAGCCGGGCUCUUCGCCAAGCAGGUCCAGAAACGCUUCAGCCGGGCGCAGGAGAAGGUUUUGCAAAAAUUGGGCAAAACGGUGGAAACCAAAGACGAGCAGUUUGAGCAGAGCGCGUACAACUUCCAGCUGCAGCAGAACGAAGGCAAUAAACUCUACAAAGAUCUCAAGGGUUUCCUGGGGGCGGUGAGAGUGAUGCAUGAGAGCUCCCGGAAAGUGGCUGAGACGCUGCAGGAGAUUUACAGCCCUGACUGGGAUGGUCACGAGGAGCUAAAAGCCAUCGCAGCUAGCAAUGACCUCCUGUGGGAUGACUACGAGGCGAAGCUGGCCGACCAAGCCCUGCGGCUGAUGGAGAACUACCUGGCUCAGUUUGGGGACUUUAAGGAGCGCAUCGCCAAGAGGGGCCGUAAGCUGGUAGACUACGACAGCACCCGGCAUCACCUGGAAGCUCUGCAAAGUGCCAAGAAAAAGGACGAGGCAAAAAUCGCCAAGGCUGAGGAAGAGUUUAAUAAAGCCCAAGCGGUGUUUGAAGACCUGAACAGGGACCUCCGGGAGGAGCUGCCGGUUCUGUAUGGCAGCCGCAUCGCCUGCUACGUGACCAUCUUCCAGAACAUCUCCAACCUCCGUGAUGUCUUCUACAAGGAGAUGAGCAAGCUCAACCGUGACCUCUACGAGGUGAUGAGCAAACUGGACAAGCAGCACUCCAGCAAAGUCUUCAUUGUUAAAGGCAUCUCCAGCAACCGGCGCUCUCUGGUCAUCUCCUCACCCGUGAGCCCCCCAGCCAUGUUCCCCUGCCCAGGGAAGGCGCCAGACUGGCCGCCCACGGAGGAGGCAGAGGUGACAGCAGGGUCCCCUGGGGUGGGCAGCAGUGCCGCCGACACCGUUGCCAGCAGGGAGCUGGAUGCCACCAUCCCCAGCCCGCCACCGGCUUCACCUGCCAGCGCCGGGUCCCUGUCAGAGACGGCGUCGGUGUCCAGCGAGGAGGCCCUGGAGCCUGAUCCCAGCGCCGAAGCUCCGUCCCACGGGCAGGGGACACGGGUGGCAGCCGUGGAGCCGGGCACCCGCUGCCCCGGGGCUGGUCUGCAGCUGGCAGGGGCUGCUGGCGGGGAGCAGCAGGGGGCCGAGGCCAUCGCUGCCUCCCUGGCCUCCCUGAUUCUCUCCAAGGCGAUUGCCCAGGCCACCAAAACUGCGCCUCUGGAGCUGGAAGAGCCCACGGCUGGGCUGGGGGACAGCGAAGCUGCGGCUGCCACCGGGGAUGCCCACCAGCCGGACGGCACGGCCACCAGCAGGGAGGGUCAGGAACCAUCCCCAGCCCCGGCUGUCCCCCAGGAUGCCCCCAGCCCCACAGAAGAGUCGUUGGUGUGUCCGUCCCGGGGCGGGGGGCUGGAGCUACCCCAGCUCAGCAGGGCUGCGGGCGAGCUGAGCGACUCUGAGGAGAGCGUGGAGGUGGUGGACAUGGAGCCAAAGGUGGCCAAAAUUCAGAUGGUGCUGGACCUCACCCCUGAUGUGGCAUCAAGUGGCUGCCCUGGGGACAGCAGUUCCCCCUCCAGCUCCACAGCCGAGGAGCAAGGCUGUCCUGGGACGCCGGAGCAGAACACAAAACAGGACAUGAGCCAGGACCCCCCACCAGCAGCAAAGUCUUCCCAGGACCCCACUGAGACCCUCACCUCCCUGUGAGCUCAGCACCUGGAGCAGGGAACAGGAGUUUUCUGGUGCCACAGGCAAAUCAUGUUGUUUCAUCGAGGCUGUAACGCGCUUCCC